GAGAUGGUGAAAGGGGAAGAGGCAGAGAGAGGCGGUUGGAAAGAGUGACGGUGAAAGAGUGACACAGCGGCCGCGGGAGACAGAGAGAGGCAGUUUGACAGGUUCUGUCAGGUUUGGCUGCGUUUUUCCUCCUGGCACGAGGAUCGGACUCGCACACGGCCCGAUGUGCUGUGGUCCUGUGACAUGCCAGCAGGACACUAACCAGAGACGAGGAGGGAGAAGAAGGACGUGGAGGGGAACGGCGACACAAAUCGGGAAGUUUUCCAGGGGGGGAAGGAGGCAGCGGAGCAGCACGAGGAUGGUGAUCAAGCGGUCUCUGAGCUGAAGGAAGGACGGCCUGGUUUUCUCUGAGCCGUUUCCAGCCCGAUCACUAUGAGGGAGCGCAGCCGAUGCUUGAUAAAGUGGAGGAAGAUCAGCAACGGAGCCCCCGACCUGUUCAAGAGCUUGACAAAGGCCUACUGGACUUGACAGCAACCGCAGAGAGCGUAGCAUAGCCGGUGCAACGGGAGGAGGUAGAGGUAGGAGGGAGGUGAGACAGAGAACAGAAGACAAAGUCAAGAAAGAAGAUGAUAAGGAGGGAGAUUAGUUAGAUGAAAGCAGGGCUAGAGGCAGAGAGUAAGAACUGAUAAUCAGACCUGCAGAAGAGCAGGCAGAAUUGAGAUUUAACGGACGGAGGUAUGAAAUAGCAUCAUCCACCAUCAGAGAACAUUAAAGAAGCAGGAGAAGUAGGGAAGAGAGGGGGAGAGAAAUAGAGAAAGAGAGAUCAAGAAGUAGGGAAGCAAAGGAGCUUCAGGAAAGGAGAAGGCGAGGCAGAUCCAGAGGAGAGGCGCUGGUAGUAUUCGUGACACCGGAAAUCAGCAGCAGUUCGUAGCGAUGUUCAUGAAUUUCCGUCGAAUCCGGAAGUGUCAGUGUGUGCAGCUGCUGACCACGGGCCUGGUGCUCUGUGUGGUGAUGGUGUGCUGGGAGCAGCUGGACCACCACGUCGUCAGCCACAUGAGGUCCUACACCUACCGCUACCUGGUCAACAGCUACGACUUCCUCAACAGCUCCUUCGCCAUCAACCAGCACCGCCGCCAUUCCCAGGAGAGCGACGGCUCUGACGGUGCGGUUGGCGGGGUGGUGAGCUACCCUUACCUCAUCAACCACCCGGAUAAAUGCGGUGGCGGCGGCGGCGGUGGCGGCGGACACAGAGAAGGGAGAACGCGGGACAACAUCCUCUUGCUUCUGUUUGUCAAAUCGUCGCCGGAGAACUUUGAGCGGCGGCAGGCGAUCAGGGACACGUGGGGCAACGAGAGCUACGUCUGGUCCAAGCUGCGGGAGAACGUGAGGGUGGUGUUUGCGCUGGGCGUGCACCCGGACGCCGGGCAGAGGUCCCAGGUGCAGAGGGCCCUGCUGCAGGAGGACCAAACGUACGGAGACCUGAUCCAGCAGGACUUUGUGGACACCUUCCACAACCUGACCACCAAACUGAUCCUGCAGUUCCACUGGGCCCACCGGUACUGCUCGCACGCUCACUUCGUCAUGUCCGCCGACGACGACAUCUUCGUCCACAUGCCGAACUUGGUGAAGUACCUGUGGGGUCUCCAGAGCACCCAGGCAGGGGCUAAGGACCUGUGGGUGGGGCACGUGCACAGGGGAGCGCCUCCGAUUCGCUGUAAAGACAGUAAAUAUCACGUUCCCUAUGAGCUGUAUCCCUGGCCGUCUUACCCGGACUACACCGCCGGCGCUGGGUACGUGGUGUCCGGGGACGUGGCUGCUAAAAUCUACCAAGCUACCCUGGUGCUCAACUCCACCAUGUACAUAGACGACGUGUUCAUGGGGAUUUGUGCCAAAGCCAUGGGGGUUUCCCCGCAGGAGCACGUGUACUUUUCAGGGGAGGGCAAGGCGCCCUACCACCCCUGCAUCUACGAUCACAUGAUCACAUCGCACGGGCACGCCACGGACGUCCGCUCGCUGUGGCAGGCGGCGACGGACCCCGCCGUCGACAGCGUCUCCUCUGGAUUUAUGGGUAGUCUGUAUUGCACGGCAAUGAGAGUGAUGCUGCUGUGUCGGCCAUAUUACCAGAACACCUAUUCCUGUCUGGCAGCUUUUACAUAAACGGACUGCUGAGGAUGUGGAGACUGCUCAAUGCAAAAUGUAUCCAAAUCACACACACACACAUACACAAACAACAUACACAUCCAUACACAUAGAUGCAAAACACACACCCACAAGUACUGCAGUCUCUCUGGCAUUUUUUUUUUUUUUUUUUUGCUAUAUUUCAGUGUUUUCUGAUGUUGUGUGUUUGCCCUGUUGGAAUAAAGACCAAAGCCAUUCUGUCAAGCAGA